AUGGCUUCGAGAGUGAUGGAUCUGAAUGCGAAUGGAGUUUCUUCUCGAAGAUUUGCGUGUGAUCGUUGCCGUGGUCAAAAACUGCGAUGCAUUCGCGAACGAACUGACCAGCAAAACUGCGAUCGAUGCUUCCGUGCAGAUGCUGAAUGUCGCACGAGCCCUGUCUUCCGUGGACGUAGCUAUGUGGGAGACACUGCUUUUGCUUCUACAAAAAGCAUAGAGGAAAAGGCAAGAGUGCAAAAGUCAGUGCGAAAGCGACGAUACAAUAAUGCUGCGCAGCUCCAAAUGCAGUCACAAGCCACUACUCAGCAAGCGGUGAUAGAUACAGCUAUCGUUACGGAAACAGCAAGCUCUCCAGGAUCCCUUGGACAAACAGCGCUGAUGAAUAUAUUCGAAUCGUCUCAAUCAUCAUUACCUGUGCCAAUGUAUCCCACAGGAUUUUCAGACACAAUGAGUGAUAUGAAUUGGGCAGCCGAGGAUGCUUUAUUUUCUGGUCUCAUACUUCCAGAUGGAACGGAUCAGACAUUUGAUCUAUCUGACAACUCGGGUACAAGUAGCUCGACUGAGGCUUAUCCGUCAAAAGCACAGACAUAUACAGGAGAUCCUCCCUCUCGACCUACGCCAUCAUUGAUACUUUCACCCCGAACGACGUCUUCCACUUCGACAUCUAAUUUACAAAACAUCGAAUGCAGCAGUCACAAAACUUUAGCAACGACAUUCGAAAACAACGCUUCCUGCGAAAGCCCCGAAGGUCAGGUUGCAGGCACCAAGACUAAUUUGGAUAUUGGUUUGCUGCUUUCUCAAAUUGAUAAAGACACCCCAACUGCAAUCGUAGAGAUGCUAGUUGAGCCUAUUAUUGAGACAAAGUCCUCAAGAACGAGGUUGGACGACAUUUUAAACGGUACAAGAGAUUUCUUGCAAGCUCUUAGUCUGCUGGUAGGCUCGUCGGGUCGACAUCCAACCAAGUCCCCUCGAUCGUCUACUGGUACUGUACUGAGUUCAAAUCCUACAUCAAACACCAAAAGACCUGAUCUCCAAAAGAGUAAUAAAGACUAUGCACAUACUCUAUCCAGAACUGAUGCAAUCAGCACGUCCUCGCCCGUAGACAAAUCCGGUAAUCUUCAGACGCCUAUUCUCAUCCAAAUUAUAACCAGCCUUUUCGAACAAAUCGAAAGACUUCUGGGCUUACCACGUGAACACUGGAUAUAUCCUGGCGAAAUCGGGCCGGAUGGCUUUGUUUCGGGUGGCUUGUUGAGUAGCGAAGAGAUGGUCGGCAUUGUAAAUUUUGCAUUUUGGCAACAGGAGUCGGGCGAAUCUGAAAGUCGAAGAGGCGUAUUGGAAGCAUUAUGCAAGCAUCUUGAGGGGCUAAAACAGUUAUUAAAAGAUAGCAUAGCACCUUAG